AGUAAACAUCAACUACAUUAAUAUUAACUAAGAAUGGUCGUUCAUAACCCUAACAACUGGCACUGGGUAGACAAGAACUGUCUUCCAUGGUCCAAAAAUUACUUUGACAAUGAAAUAAUAGACACUAAAGUUGAAAAUGAGAUCAUAACCGUGACACUUACUGGUGUUGAUUCAGUCACAGGUGACUGUGACGUUACCCAAAGAAAGGGUAAAGUUUUGUGCAUCUAUGACAUGAAGGUAACUUUCUCUGUCUCUGGUCAAAAGGAUGGUGAUGACUUCACGGCAAAGAUUACCAUUCCUGAAUUUGUUCAUGAUCAAGAAGAAGAUGAAUAUGUCUUUGAAAUUGAUGCUGAAUCAAACAAGGUGGAAAUUAGAAAGCACUUUGUCCCAGUGUUGAAGGUUAAGUUGAUGAAGUUUCAAAACGACUUAAUUAAGGCUCACGAAAAGGAUGUCCAACACCAAACUGAUUAGAAUAGAAUACUAUUGUAGAUAAUAUACUAAAAUUAUUAUUUUUUUUUAUAGAAAAAAAUGAAACUUAAGUCUAUGUAUAUAUAAA